AUGGCGAGAAACGAGGAGAAGCAGCAAGGGAAACUGAACAGACUGUGGCUGCAGAAGGAGAGAGAGGAGGGACGACUCCGGGAUGCUCACGACCGCAGACCCAAGCUGUCCACUCUCAACUCAGCCUCGUCUGUGACCAAGUGGAUCCCCAGCAUCAAGAAGGAAAUAGAGUAUUAUCUGCAACAGUCCCAGCUGUCUCACUACCCGGAGAGGAAGAUAGCUGAGUUCCAGCUGUGCAUCGAGGCUCUGGAGAAAGAGUACAAGAGGUUCAUCACCAAGCUGCGAGCGCUCGACCCUUCGUGCAAACACAAGCCGUGGACGCCUCGAGGCUACUGCAAGAGGAGAGCAGAGCCACGGGACCCUCCGGGGACAGUGAAAAACCCUCAGCGCAAUGAGUCACAUGAGGACAGCCGUCAGUGGAGUGGAGCUGAACCUGACUUGGUUAGCAGCCGGACAGGAUGUCACCAAACCUCAGCCACCGAGAGGGAGAGACCUCUCAGAUAUUCAGAGGCCAGACGUCAAACCCCUGUCCCCACCAAGCCGAGGUCAGAAACCUCAGAGACAGUCUGCGCAGACCAGGACCAGCCGCUCUCCUUCGACCGCACACGGCUGGCAAUGGCCACCGCUGCAUUCAGAGGACCGUCGGCUCAGCUCAGCUCGUCUCCAACACAGAGUCUAGCCAGGGUGCUGCAGUCAGGCCUGCCAAACCUCAGCAAUUCCCUGUCAGGUCAAACAUUUUCAGCACAGAACAGAGACAAAGAGAGAGAUGUCGGGACAACUGAGGGUUUGGUUUUCAGACUGAAAGGUGGCGUCCAAGGACAUAAGUCAGAGUGUGAAGCAGCAGAGAGGAAACCUGAGAAAACAGAGGAGAGCACUGGUCACCUCCUGGGAUUAGACUGUUACUCUUCCUCUGAUGGGGAGUGUGACACGUGAUAUUGUAGA